AUGUAUCACCCAUCAGAGAUGUUUCCCCAAUAUGGGAGCUCCUAUGCUCUGCGACCACCACCCCCUCCUGGAGCUGCCUAUCCCCAGAGUCAGGCACCCCAAUAUGAAGCCUUCAGAUACUCAGAGCUGGAAGCUGCUCCCAAAUUGGAAGGCUUCUUCCCAGGUUUGGACCCUCCUGGGUGCCUCCUGCCCCCAACCCCUGGCCUCCCUUAUGGAUCAUCUCAGGCACUCCCAUCAGCCCCCCCAACAACUUCACAGCUACCCCCUGGAGUACGGAUGAGCCUGGAGAACAGCGAGCUCUGGAAGCGGUUCAGCGGCAUUGGCACCGAGAUGAUCAUCACCAAAGCAGGCAGGCGGAUGUUUCCACAGCUAAAAGUUGCAGUCACUGGCUUGGAUUCUGAAGCUAAAUACCUACUGCUGGUGGAUGUCGUCCCUGUAGGAGGCUCCCGCUACAAAUGGCAUGGCAAAAAGUGGGAAGCCAGUGGCAAGGCAGAAUUACCACCUCCAGACCGGGUUUACAUCCAUCCUGACUCACCUGCAUCAGGUGCCCACUGGAUGCGCCAACCUGUAUCCUUCCAUCGGCUCAAGCUCACCAAUAAUACCCUGGAUCCUCAUGGACAUUUGAUCGUUCAUUCCAUGCAUCGUUACCAGCCCCGAGUACAUGUGGUGGGAGCUGGAGGGCGCCGCGGAGCAGGGGGUGGCUGUGCUUCCUUCACCUUUCCUGAGACGCAGUUUCUGACUGUCACAGCUUACCAGAACCCACAGAUCACUCAGAUGAAGAUAGAAAGCAACCCGUUUGCAAAGGGCUUCCGAGAAAAUGGCAUGAACAGCAAAAGGGAGCGUGAGGCCCGAAUCAAAAGGAAGAUGAAGAUCAGUGAAUGCGAAGCAAACCAGGGAGAAAGCGAGAGCAAAAAGGGGCCUUGCGACUCCACCCUGACCGAAGAGGGGCCUCUGGAACAACAGCCACCCCCUGCACUUCCACAGCCUUCCUGUUCCUUCUACCCCCCUGCAGGAAUUAAUCUCAAUGGGGCCGAGGCUUAUGUACAACAUCCAGCUGCUUUUCAUGGUUUAAGGGGGCCAUCCUCACCUUAUGGCAGCCCAAGCCAAGAAAUAGCAGUUCUUCCAUCUUCUCCCCCUACCAAGUCUCCUCCCGAGCAAGCCGAUUACAGACCAAUGCUCCCAGCGAGCUGGGCCAGCCUGGAUGUGGUUCCUUUCCUUGGAAGUGCAGAACCACCAGAAUCUUCCUCAUUCUCUCCUUUCAAGUUCAGUUUUGCACCCUACCCGCCUCCACCUCGUGUCUAUGGACCUCCCUCUGGCUAUCCUGGCUCACAGCCAUCGAUGCUCUAA